AUGUUCAAACUGGUCAUGGACGGGAGACUGUACCAUGUUCCACUCGAAAGCCCGAAACAAAUACUGGAUAUCGGCACCGGGUCAGGAAUCUGGCCCAUUGAAAUGGCACAAAUCUUUCCCGGCGCCGCCGUCACCGGUACAGAUCUAUCACCUGUGCAGCCCACCGAAGUACCAGAGAACGUGCACUUUCUCGUCGACGAUGCCGCAGAGAAGGAAUGGCUAUGGGAGGCGGACUAUUUCGACUUCAUCCACAUCGGCCACAUGACCGGUGCAAUGGAAUCCUUCAAGGACCUCCUGCGGCAAGCCUACAAGUACCUGAAACCAGGCUCCUUCAUCGAGUGUCACGAGUUGGACCCCAAGCCCAAAUGCGACGACGGCACCAUGCCACCCGAAAACCCGGACGGGUUCAGCGCAUAUGCAUUCCACGACUGGUUUGAUCUGAACAUGCGAGCAAGUCAAGAGGUUGUACCCACGAGACAGUUUCGCAUUGCGCCCCGGAUCGAGCGAUGGAUGAAAGAAGUGGGGUUCGUAGACGUCAGACAACAAGUUUUCAAAAUCCCCGUCAAUACUUGGCCGGCCGACAAGAGGCUAAAGCACAUCGGGCAGUGGAGUGAAACGAAUUGGCUAGAGGCCUUGGCCGGCUGGUCCUAUAAGCCUUUCAUGGCCCUUGGUUGGUCCAAGAGUGAGAUUGAAGUCUUUCUCGUCGAUGUCAGGAAAAGUAUCCAAGAUCGAAACGUGCACGCCUAUAUGGACUUCUUUGUGGUGACCGGCCGGAAACCUUGGACAACGAUGGGGACGAGGACCGAGCGGCCCUAA